CUAGUGACAAACCUCGCACGUGAGCGCUCUCAUUUAUUUCUCUACUAAUAGCAUCCACCACAUCACUUUGCCAUCCGUAAUCCAGCUGUAUAUGCAGCAUCGUGUUGUGUUAACUGAAAUCGUUUGAUGUGCUGGCAACACGUUAAACGAUCAAUCAAUCUUUUUUCAACCUUAGCCGCUAUCAAAUUGGCAGUCAUUUUAUUUCGUUCUUUGGCGAGUUCGCCUUCUGGAUAUCGUCUUCUUCAACUGAAAAGUGGAUUACAUCUUCUCGUGGAUUUCGUCAACUUUUGCUGCAUUCUGGAAUGGAAUUACCUGAUAUUCUUGCCUUGGAUUGAAAUUUGAAUCUCGUGGCCGUAACUGUACAGUCUACUUAAUUAUCCACGCUCUACUCACUCUGAACUCUUGUUUUGUCAGUGCAUUGAUGCUCUAAGUUAGAGUGUUGCAGGCUUGCAGCAUCAUAGUUACAAAAACAACUUGGUCGUCAACGUCAUACGUCAACAUCAAUUUAUUCAAGGUAAAUUUGAUAAUGAAAAGGGUUAAUACUGCUAGCAGCACAUCUCAGGCUCACAUAAGGAGAAUGCGUCGGGAGGCAAAUCAAAACGUGGAGGUUGCUAAUUUGUCUCAGUUUGAAGUUGAACGUGACAUCAACAGUAUUUGUGAACCUAAGGAGCAUGGACUCGUUUUAAAUAAUUUACCUUUCGUAGACUGUGAAUCAUUUCAUGAUGUUGAUGGCGAUAAUGUAGACGACCGUAAUCAUGUAGACUUUUCCCUUAAUGAUGUUAACAACCAUGAUUUAACUUUGAGCGACCGUGGUUCAACUUUGAGCGAGAGUGAUCCUGAAUUGAAUGAGGAUUUUGAUUACAUUGAUGAUUCAUUGAUAGCUAUUGAAAUUGAAGAACAACCUCGUUGUGGGGUCCCCCAUGUACAUAUUAACAAACUAUUAUCUGUUUUAAAAUCCCAUCCGUGCCAUUCCGAUCUCCCUGUUGAUGCCCGCUCAUUGCUAAAAACAAAAAGAAACGUUUUUUUAAUCCCAAUGCAUCCGGGUGAGUAUUAUCACUUUGAUUUAUUGAAUGGUCUGAAGGUUGUGACUGAUAAAAAAAUUCUUCCAAGAAACCGCAAUGCGAUUGAAAUUGAAAUCAUAAUUAACGUUGACGGGCUCCCCAUAUUUAGUAAUAGCACCUCAAAACAGUUGUGGGUAAUUUUGGGAAUUAUCAGUGGGAUUGACGGCUUAGAAAAAUAUCCUUUCAUCAUUGGCAUUUACUUUAGUCUAGAAAAACCUACAGGAGGUCCAAAUACAUUUUUGAGGGCACUCGUGAACGAUAUUAAAGAUGUUUUAGAACAUGGAUUUUUCCAUUGUGAACGCUUGUUCAGUGUUAGAGGUAUUAUUUUUGUCUGCGAUUCUCCUGCCAGAGGUUUUUGUUUCUGGGGUAAAAUAUCACUCUGGGAAGAACAGCUGUUCUAAAUGCACAAUUGUUGGAUUUACUGCGCUUAAGCCGAGUGAACUUAGGAGACUGGUCAGUCCAAAGGGCCGUGUCGUUUUUCCUUGUGUUGCAGCUCCAAGAAGAGACAACGAGUCUUUUCGACAGCGCGAUGACCCAGAACAUCAUAACUACUAUUCGAUCACAGAAGAAUUAGAACUUGUUGACAUGGUCAAUGAUUUUCCCGUAGACCCUAUGCAUUUAGUA